AAAUAAUUGUACUUUUUCCUAAAUUUGAAUUCAUAAAGAGGGUCCAAGUCUAACAACCACUUACAAAGCUCCUUCACCCGUAAUCCUUUUCAAUGUGUCGUAAUCAACCAACCAAAAACCAUAAAUUUAUUGUAGUACAAAACAAAACUCCAUGACUUUAAAGUACGACUCUUAAACACCACUUAUAUAUUACACGACAUAUCGCUUAACUUCGAAUUUCAGACACACAAACCCACUGAACAUUCAAAUGUCUCGUUCUCUUGUCUUCUUCUUCCUCUUUCUUGUCUUGGUCGUCCCUUGUCUCUCCCAUGGAACCGGAGGAGACCACGACGACGAUGAGGCUUCGCACGUUAAGAGUUCCGAUCUCAAAUCCAAAUCCUUAAUCUCCGUCAAGAUCGCAUGUCUUGUCAUCAUCUUUGUCCUCACGUUCAUAAGCGGUGUAUCUCCUUAUUUCUUGAAAUGGAGCCAAGGGUUUUUGGUUCUUGGUACACAAUUCGCCGGAGGCGUGUUUCUUGCAACCGCCUUGAUGCAUUUCUUGUCGGACGCUGAUGAGACGUUUCGUGGUUUGUUGACGGCGGAAGGAGAGUCGGAGCCAUCUCCGGCUUACCCAUUUGCUUAUAUGUUGGCUUGUGCUGGUUUUAUGUUGACCAUGCUUGCUGAUUCUGUCAUCGCUCAUAUCUACUCAAAGACCCAAAACGAUUUGGAGCUUCAAGGAGAAGACAAAUCGAAUCAGAGGUCAGCAACAACUGAAACUUCGAUUGGAGAUAGCAUUCUAUUGAUCGUAGCUCUCUGUUUUCACUCUGUCUUCGAAGGCAUAGCUAUUGGUAUUUCAGAGACUAAAUCAGAUGCUUGGAGAGCUCUCUGGACAAUAACACUCCAUAAGAUAUUUGCAGCGAUUGCAAUGGGGAUAGCUCUUCUCCGUAUGAUCCCUGACCGUCCUUUAUUCUCCUCAAUCACUUAUUCUUUCGCAUUCGCCAUCUCGAGCCCAAUUGGUGUUGCCAUCGGGAUAGUCAUCGAUGCAACGACUCAAGGGUCCAUCGCGGAUUGGAUAUUCGCAUUGUCGAUGAGCUUGGCGUGUGGGGUAUUUGUGUAUGUAUCUGUGAACCAUUUGUUGGCAAAAGGGUAUCGACCAAACAAGAAAGUUCAUGUUGAUGAGCCUCGUUAUAAGUUUUUGGCUGUGUUGUUUGGAGUUGUUGUCAUUGCCAUUGUUAUGAUAUGGGACACUUGAAAAACACUACAAUUGUCCCAAAAUACUGAUUAGAUUUUUCUGGUUUGCAAAGAAAGCUUGUUGAUUUUUGUAUGUUUAUAGCAUGUAGCAAUCCUCGUUUUGUAAUGUACUUUGUACUUUUGUAGCAUCAAAGAUAACACACCAAUAAGAGAGGUUUCUUUCUUGUUCGAUUUGGACAAGCACGGUUUA